ACGGUCGGCAAGAAAACGCCACCGACCUCACUACCUCCGCCCCGGCGGCUAUAUUUCGCAUUAAGGAAGACAAAGCACGCGCGGUCGCGGAUGAAAGAAAAGCCCACUUUGUUGGUGGAUGUCGAGCAUCCUGGCGAAAGACUGUCGCAAGGAAGUCAUCAGAUUUUUGCAAAAUUAGUUGAGACUGGGGAAGUUUUUCCUUCUGAUGCAACUGCUGUCCUGUCUACUGCUGCAGAACAACUACACUACAAUCAAUGGUCGGUGGCCUCGUCACGAAGUGGUUGGAACCCGAUUUGCCACCUGGUUGCACUCAUGGCGUUGCUACUGCUGCUCUUUCACGGGUUCGCGAUCUACGCAGCCAGGCGGGACCGGGAGCACAGCACUAGAGGGAGUGCGCCUGCUGGGGCAUUCAGUGAUGUUGAACAAAGCCGGCGAAACAAGACGAAUUUGUUCCCCUUCUACCAUUCUUAUUCACAGUAG